UUGCAUUUAUUGUAAAGCCUUAAUUUCUAUUGUAAAAUAAUUACUCUCACAUGGCACAUAGCUCAUUAACUAAUACUUGUACAAAUUGACUUGCAAGUUACACUCCAAAGUCUCAAGCACUUUACACACUUGGAGAUGGCAAAAAUCUUCUACAUCUUCCUCCUUUUUGGCAUUCCAGCGGUAGUUUUGUUCCAUAUUUCAGGUGGAAGUAGUUUUGGAGACGAGACGCUUGGGAUAACACAAGAUGAAGAAGGAAAUGGAAGCCUAUUACAAGCAUUAACGAAAGACAAAACAAAAACAUUAAGACUUGAUAAAGAUGAAAUGGAGUUACAAACAAUAGAAGAUGGUGCAAAUUCAGAACAAGUCAAGUGUAUACCAUGUGGAUCAGCCUGUGUUUCUUCUAGAAAUUGCUGCAGAAAUUGUUAUUGUCUUAUCAAGUGGGAAAUUGUCAUUCCGCGUUGUGUUAGAAGAAAACCUCCUCAACUUCGCUAGGCUUGUCAUUUCAUCCUUAUGACGAAAUUCAAUUCUCAGUAUUGGUGGACUUGUUGGAGCGUUUGAGUCUAUGACAAGUCUAAAUUAUAAAUUUAAAGGUAGUUAAUUAAUAAAAAUCGUAAAAGAUGUUGAAUAUACUGUGUAAAAUAUGUCAUUGCCUUUUAUUUUUGUUUAAUUAUUAUACACUCUUUAAUUCUGCCUAUUUUUCUUAUUUUUUUUUUGUUAUUAUAGGUUUAUCAUUCUUAUUUGUAUUUUAUUUUAAAUGUAUAAGUUAAAAUAUAGUCAAAUGAGAUGUUAUUUGAUUCGU